AUGGCCCAAGUGAGCUCCUCAGCUCGAAAGAACGUGGUAGACAGACGACGUCCGGCUGUCUGUCUGUCAGUCUAUCUGAUGCAGGAAUUUGAUGAUGAGUUUCUGUCCAAGGCUGCGGGAAGUGUACCCGCUGAGGUCCAGAACCGGAAUCUGCCAUAA